UAACAACGAAAGUGAAUCCAGGAAAAGCUUGCCGGAUACGCAGCUUAGCUGCUAUAUCAUUACCGACAAUGUCACGUUUCGUGCUGCGACGCAUCUUCGCAAGCCUGCACGAACAGCCGCCGCCAAUCUCGCGGCGCGUCUUCUCGAGCUCGCACCAAAAGCCGCUGCCAAAACCGCAGCCAAGUACGAAUAACAAUCCGUUAAAGAGUUCUCGACCCAAUUCUCAAAGUUCCAUUACCCGAAACGCAUCGCUUCUUCGCGCCAUGGCGAACACGGCCCACAUGGACCUUCUCACCUUCUUUUAUCCUAUCGGCAACACCCCCGCUGUAUCCUUGACCCGGGACAUUCCUCGCGAAACGAAGGCCAAUGUGUUGUCCCUGGGAUGUGGAGAUGCGCGCAACAUACUCUACACAACGCACGUCGCUGGAAGUACGAGCCCGAUGGAUAUCACCUGCUGCGAUAUGGAAAGCUUGGUCAUUGCACGUAACAUCCUUCUGUUCACCCUCAUUCUCGACUACGGUGGAAACCGUAUCAAGGACAUUUGGGACAUCUACUACCACUUAUUCAUCGGCCCCAAAGCACUGGCCCUUCUCGAAAGUCAAACUACAAGACUCCUGGCAGUCUCGGAUUCUUUGGAGAGCUGGCAUGCCAGCAACUACGGCAAGCGUCUCCGCUUUUGCGACAGCAGUAGUUUUUCCGAAGUGAAAAAGAUUUGGAGCAAUCUUUUGAUCAGUAAUAUGAACAACAGUCAGAAAGUUGCACACAUUGAUCGCCUAAGAUCCAGAAUCCAGAGAGCAAAGGACCUCCGGCACUAUUAUAUCGGGGAAAAGUUCGUCUUCACAGGCAUGCGGUCCGCUGCACCCUUGAAUCGCGAGGCUGUUCAAGAUCUUGCAAAACAACACAAGCACUUUUGGGACACUGGCAGUACCGACAAGCCCAAUGCGAACAGCGCAGCUAUGCCGAACCCCAUGUUCACAUCUCAACUAAACAAGUCUUCCAUACUUCACUACGGUACCGAUCCACUCCUUGGAUUCCACUUGGCCACAGCCUAUGCGUCGCUGGUUCCACAGCCCACCUCAGACCCACAUGCACAUGCCUUUCUCCAGUCUUCGGCGCACAACCUGGUACGAGCAGCUCGACAGCAAUUUCAAGCUUGGUGCAAGUCUUUCAGGAAACAUGCUGGCAUAAUGGUUUUACGGUUCUUUGUUGGGGAAGCACUAGCAUUUUGCCAUGCCUUGCAGCAAAGAAAGAAGGGAAUCGCAGUCGGUCCGUAUCGGAAGCCUGGAACGUUCGAGACCAUCUUGCUUGACAGCGAAGACUAUCUCCCUGUUGUCACCGCACCUAUGUCUUUUAGUGUUAUUAACACGUCCAACCUUGUUGAUCACGUCGGGGCCAUUAACCUUCUCAUUGCUACUUCGCCGUUGCUGGAUGACAAUCUCUUUGCAACUUUGUAUACUGAAUCUCUGGUGAACCAAGAGAAGGACCACAGUACUUUGGCUGAAAGCUUUCUUUGCGGCAAUGUCUCGACCAUGUCUGUGCUCCUGGGAAUCUUUCCAACCGAUUACUGGACAAAUGUCGUUCCAAUAUCGACAGCCGACGAGGCCAUUUUAAACACCGCGAGGCGCAGGCUCGGAGACAAACUUUCUGGUGACUACAUGUACAGCAGGCUCUCAUGGAAGCGCUACGUACCAGACCACACGCUUAGAGCUUCAAACAGACCAGUUAUCUCUUUCGAAGAAGUUGAUCUGGCCAGAAUUCUUUUCGAUGUCUAUCUGAACAUGUUUCAAAAUAAAGACGACGGGCGCCUCAUGUCACGUUUACGUAACCUACCCCGAAAGAUGCAACGAAGCUCACGCUAUCACCAUGGAAGCUACGCACUACUUUUGCAUUUUAUCAAAGAGCGGGCACCUACCUGCAACUGGGACAAAGUUAUGAACAGUCUUUUUCAAUACUUAGGAAACAACGCCAACAUUUUGGCCUGCGGUAAAAGUAUCCAGGAGCUUGUCGUUCAGCUACACAUGCUGAAAAUAUGUUCUGAUCAAGUUCUACAGCUGAGCCCUAGAUCCGACGGUCGAGCUUGUAGCUCAACCCUCUUCAAGGGAUGGAAGGUCUUACCGGAAGUUGUUUGCCUCACUUUAAAAGUCCCAAGAGAACGACUGCGAUUGUUAACUAAAAUAUCACCUCAAGAGCUAGGCACUCCAGCUGUGCACGGUGUUCUACAAUCUUCGAUAACUUAUACCGGUCAGUCAUUUCAAAACAUUUUCUCCGUCGUCCAACAGGCGUCUGGAAAGGUGACCACAUCUGGCUCAGUCGAAGACAAAACACUGUCUCUCCACGUCAGGGAAGAAGAAGACUGUUGGUUGGGUGACUCACCACUAUUGGUGUCUUUUCUGGUCCCCACUAGUACACUCUUACUCGACAAAAAUGCUAUUCUGGCUUUAGGCAUCCAAAGAUCAUUCUCCCCAGUAUCCGAACGCUCAACUAUCCUUCUGCAUUUCUACACAACUACCAUCAGUAACAUAAAGGAUGUCUUUGUCACCAAAGAACUUCCUCAUGGGGCUAAUCACAUGCCUCGGAACUCUAAGAAUGACACUACAAGUUGUAUCGAAGACCCUUCACAAGAUGGCUUCUGUUCGUCAGUCCUAGCAAACUUAAAAGCCGGUACAGCUCAAAUCGGAUCCUUCACUGGUCGCAUCGAUCUCUCAUCCCAUAAAACCAAGGACAUCCUCAGGAACUAUACUACUAUCCAUACCACUCGGAUAUCUCCAUGCAGUAUCUCUGUGAUGCUCGGCAAAGAGAACAGUUAUAACAUACAUUUCCCAAUCCCAGUAGUUCUUCAAGGCAGCAAAACCAACAUUGUUCGGAAGUCAUCCUAUAUUGAGGUAACUGCACUAGCAGAGGACCCAGUGGACUGCGGAGGAUCAUUAAAAUUCAUGUAUCCGGUGGUCCCCACCAAAUCAUCCCCUGUCCUGUGGAACAUGCCGCGGGUGGACAUGGCAGCUCUUCCAACCCUUGACGUCCAGCAGAAGAAACGCAUGCAGUGGCUCGUUCCGCAUUGCACGCUUAUGUUCUCAGAAAGAGAACGUCGUGCGAUACAGGCAUCGCUCUCAUCUUCCCAAGCUGAAAGUGUCAUGGACAGUAGGACGCGAUUCAAGCAGGGACUGUUCUCGCUUUUCAUACGCCAAAGCGGCUUACAAGGCCAAAAAGCCGGUGUCUUCUUUCUCAACAACCCUUCCAAUGGCGGCACCCACAUCGUGGUUUUUGCGUCUGGCCUCAGGCUGGACGCUGCAAGCCGUACGGUAGUUCUGGAUACAGCAGUACUGGUCCUGACCAGAGAAAUCAUGUCACACAUUCUCGGCUUCAUACAGGACCUUCAUUCAAAAAAGUCUCCAGACAUCGCGGCAAUCAAUAUGGACGACGAAGAACUACAGCUCUGGAAGGAAACCCUCCCGGCUUUCGUCGAACGAUGCAGGACCUGGAACCAUCGCCCAUCCUGCGAGUACGUCAAGACAUCGAAGGUCCCACUCUCCACUGCAUAUGGCGAAACGCCUCUCUGCUCCUGCGGAAAUGGCAAGGGGCUCGAUGAUGUUGUUGCUAAAUUUCCGGUUUUGAAAAAGGCGGCGAAGUUUGCGGUUAGGGCGGCUAUCUCGCCUACGUUCGCGUCGUCGUUUGUGGAACAGCUUUUCCAGGGACAAGAAGCUCCGCCGACGGAGGGGAAGGCUCGUAAGUUCUUUCGGCUUCUUACUGAUUGGUGGGGUCGGUGAGGGACAAAGCACCGUUGAGGCGAAGGGAAAAGAUAGCUGUUAGUGGCUUAGAGAUGGAUAGAUUGAUGGGUAACGGCUACUUUCUUAUGUUAACUAACGGACGAUGGAAGCGGGACUCAUGUAAAGGUCCGAUAGAAAAAUACACC